AUGGUGAAUUUGUUUGGAACUUCUCCAGAGCUUUGUAUUUCUGGUUUGACAUUCUACUUACUUGGUUUGGCCAUUGGUCCAGCAAUUGCUGCUCCAAUAUCUGAGAUUUCAGGCCGCCGUUUUAUCUAUGUUUUUUCCUUGCCUAUUUCAAUGUUAUUUGCCAUGGGUGUUGGGCUUUCCAAUAACAUUUAUUCUGUUCUAAUCUUGAGGUUCUUCUGUGGAUGUUUCGCAUCUCCAGCAAUGGCUGUAGCUGGUGGUUCAAUCAGUGAUAUUAGGGCAUUCCAAGAUAUCGGCUUUGAUUUGUCUAUGUUAUCCUUAGCUCCUUUCUUAGGACCUGUCUUAGGGCCAAUUGUCGGCGGCUUUGCAACUGAAAAAAAGGGACGUAAAUGGACUAUGUGGAUCUAUAUUUAG